UUAAGAAUUUUUUUUUGUAAAUGUGUAAAAAGCAUAUCCGUAGUAUUAUAUGGGAUAAUUAUUUGUUUAGUCUCGAUAUGAUCUAAUUAAUUUAUGAUUAAUAUGUAAAAUAAGAUAUGAUUAAUAUGUAAAAUAAGAUAUGAUAAGAUUAGAUUAAAUCUAGCACUUCGUAUUAGAUUGGUUAGGACUUAGGACUCACCAAGUAAAAUAAAAAAGAAAAUCUGAUAACUAAAUUGAAACGAAGUAAAUGAUAAGAACGUCGAACAGAAGACGAACGAGAUUGGAGUAAUAGUAGUUCCAGAGUUGCAGGAUGAAACCUAAGACAAGUUCGAAGGCGAAGAGAUUCAACGUUGAAUUACUCGACAAUGAUAUACUCUGUGUUGUCUUCGCUUUCCUCGACCUUUUCGACAUCGUUCGCUGCGCUGCCGUCUGCAAAUCAUGGAAUUUAAUCAUCAGCAAAUCUAGAUUAAUGCAUUCACUGUACCUCGAGCGAUGGGGUAAUGAGGCCUCCAGCUCGUCAAUGGAUAUGGAGGGACCAUUGAACAUGGUCCUUGAGGAUCUGGCAACGCAGCGUCAUAGGUCUGCUCUUGUUGAAGGUUCUUUUAUUGUUGAUCAAUGGAAAGGCCAUACAGCCGGGAUUGACCAAUGCCGAAUGAAAAUGGGUUUGAUCCUAACCAGUGGAGGGGACAAGUUUAUGCGUCUAUGGUCAUCAGAAAAUUACAAAUGCUUGGAAGAGUACUCUCUCAGUGAUCUGGCUCCGUUAGUUGAUUUUGAUUUUGAUGAGAGCAAGGUUGUUGGCUUGACUGGAACCCGUAUAUGUAUAUGGAGGCGCAAUGGAACCCGUAGUAUAUUUCCUUCACGUGAAGGCAUCUGCACGAAGGGCUUAUGUAUGAGGUACAUGGAUCCAGAGGCUAUGGUAGGAUGUGAGGAUGGCACAGUUAGGGUAUUUGAUAUGUAUAGUAAAAGUUGUUCUCGAAUAAUCCGGAUGCAAAACUCUCGUGUGACUUGUUUGGCUGUGGGAGAUGACCAGCUUGUUCUGAGUGGUUCACCUUAUGGAAGCAUAGCUGUAUCUGGCCUAUUAUCUAAUCAGCAAGUUGCUACAUUCACGCCACCCAAUAUGAGAGGUGUAGAGACCUUGUGCUACAAUCCUUGUUCUCAUUUGGUAUUUGCUGGAUCAUCAAAUGGUUAUGCAGCUUGUUGGGACCUUAGGAAAAUGCAAUCGCUGUGGAAUACACGGGUGAGCCCUAAUGCAGUGUAUUCAAUGCAAUAUCUCAGAAAUGACACAUCAACACUGGUAAUUGGUGGCGUAGAUGGUGUUGUGCGUAUUGUGGAUCAGAAUACUGGCAAAAUCCUGACAAGGUGUGUUAUGGACCCAAGUGUAGCCAAAUUAACUUCAAGAAAUAGUUUGUAUGGUUCAGUUGAAAGAAGGAAGGUGAAGAGAUUAAAAGGAGACGGAGCAAUUGGUAGUAUUCCAAUGACUGCUCGGCCACGCAUUAAGUGCUUAGCUGUGGGGAUGGGAAAAGUCGUUACCAUUCAUAAUACCGAGUACAUCAGAAUGUGGAAAUUCAACAAAUAAACUAGAAAUUCAAGUAGUUUUGUCCCGUUUUCCCCAUUUGGAGUAAGUAGUUCUAUUUUAGGAGAUGGCGUAAUCUUGUUGCUUGUUUUUUUAGCUGAAUUCCAACCAAUUGAGAUUGGUAAUCCUGUUUCGGUUUGGUAAUUAUUUCCGAUAUUGUUGGGCUUGAUGUAUGUUUGAACUUGAUGACAUAAAUAAUUACAUAGCCCCUUCCAAAUUUCGAUA